AUGGCCUGCUGCACCACCAGCUUCUGUGGGUUUCCCAGCUGCUCCACUGGUGGGGACUGUGGGUCCAGCUGCUGCCAGCCCAGCUGCUGUGGAACCAGCUGUGGGAUGGGCUGCGGGACCGGCUGUGGAACCGGCUGUGGGAUGGGCUGCGGGACUGGCUGUGGCACUGGCUGUGGCCAGGCUGGUGGCUGUGGAGCUAUGAGCUGCCGCACCAGGUGGUGCCGCCCUGACUGCCGCGUGGAGGACACCUGCCUGCCCCCCUGCUGUGUGAUGAGCUGCACCCCCCCUACCUGCUGCCAGCUGCACCAUGCCCAGGCCUCCUGCUGCCGCCCAUCCUACUGUGGACAGUCUGCCUGCCGCCCAGCCUGCUGCUGCUACUGCUGUGAGCCCACCUGCUGUGAGCCCACCUGCUGUGAGCCCAUCUGCUAA